AGCGUUCCUUGAGAACGCAAUGGCCGCGUUGUUUACUGUUGAAACGAUGGUUGAAACGCACAUGUGAUUUGUUGUGUCAGCGUUCAAAACGCCUCCUUCUCGUAAUGUCAUCUGAAGCAAGGGUAGUUUUUGAGCGUUACAUCCAGUAUGGCGCUUGAAGGCAAUAAUUCGGCGUGAGGCGACGUCGGUGAGACGGUUUCAUGGCGUCCUUCGAAGAAGAUGUCUGCUUCUGGGAAUCGGUGGAUGUCGAAAGUGACUUCCAAGCCGACACAGCACUCUUCAGAGAUGCCAGCUGUGAUGACUUGCUCGAAUUCAACGACACAUUCAAGCCCCUAUGGCAUACAGAUGCUCGAAUCGCAGCUACCAUUGAUGGAACGGUUGAGAUUGAGGCUGGGUGCACAGCAGAAGCUAACGCAGGUGAAGUGAAGACUGAAAAGCACUCACCGACCACUCAUGCGGGAACCAGUGGCACGUCAACACCAAGAAAGAAAUGGACGGCUGACGAGGAAGCCCUUUUGUUGCAAUGCAUGGAGCAACAUGGGAAUAAAUGGAGCAAGAUUUCUGCGCUGAUCAAGACCAAAAGCACCAUACAAGUCAAGACGCAUGCUCACUACCUCCUGAAGAAAAAUGCUCUCCAAGGAAAAACGUCCGGCCAAGUCAACGACACCUCCGUGCCUGUCGCCGCAUCAAAAGGACCGGUGGCCAGACCGCCCAAGAAGCAGACAAAGAUGAAACCGCAAGUAACAUCGCGUAACGAGAAUGUUAUUGUGCUCAAGGAGGCCGAAGCCAUCGAGACCUUGAAGAACAAGUUUCCCGAAAGUGAAAUUGUCAGUAUUGACAAGUCUGCUGACGAAGAGGACGAUAUAGACAUAGACUGUGACAGCACCGAUGGUGUCGUGUUUUCACCGCCUAGUUCUCCGCUCCGGAAGAGUGAUGCGUUUGUUGGAGUUUUGACCCCCAAGCUGGCAACUGAUUCAUCCGCGGAAGACACGGAGAAUGAAACAAGCCCAGACAGGUUGUUGCCUGAGGGCCUGGAGGAAAGUGCAACCUCUGCCGUGACAUUUGAACCUCCUGUCGCUGAAGUUGUGCUGGACAAGUCUGUGAUUAGCAAAGACGAAAAAAUAGUUCAUUCGGAGUUUUUUUCCGGAAGCUCUUCCAAGACACCAGAAAGGUACCUCAGGAUCAGGAACUUCAUAAUUGAUGCCUGGAACAGCCAAAAGCCACGAUACUUGAACAAGACCCAGGCGAGGCAGGGGCUCAAGAAUUGUGGUGACGUGAACUGCAUUGGAAGAAUUCAUGACUAUUUGGAACAGAUUGGAGCUAUCAACUUCGGUUGCUCCCAGGUGACGUACCACAGGACGAAGCAUCUGUCCCACACAAAGCCAUUGCAAAAGACGAAAGAGCCGAGACCAGACAUGGACAGGCCGCAGAGACGGAAAAUUGCCAGCUUAGAUGUGCUCAACAUUGAUGUCAAAGGGGGCGGCGUGACGCUGGAACAUGGCUCUGAGGGAAGUGUCAUCUCUCAGACACUCGUACGCUCCAAGCCAAAGCCAGGCCGGCAUCAGCAGAAUCCUUUCAAGCUGAUACCCUGCAGAAAUUAUGACGAGGGCCAGGAGCCAUUCACCAUUGAGGUGUCAGUGACUGCCUUUCUGCGAAUGGACAUUCACGCGCACCUUCUGAACACUGAGGUCAUCGGACUCUUGGGCGGCUACUACGAUGAGCACAGGAACUGCCUGGUCGUCGCCACUGCAGAAGCUUGCGACUCAGUGAGCACGGACCUUGAGUGUGAAAUGGACUCUGUGUCUCAGACGCAAGCCAUGGAUUUGCUUCACGAGCUAGGCUUUGACGUCGUCGGCUGGUACCACUCGCACCCGACAUUCGUGCCGAACCCGUCGGUGCGGGAUCUGACCACGCAGCGCGACUACCAGGCUCUCUUCUCUAGCCAGGGUAGACCCUUCGUGGCAGUCAUCUUGAGCCCGUUUUUGCAAUUGGACGCAACCGUUCUGCCAGCCAAGGGGCUUGCCACCCGCACCAAGUGGUGGGUCGUGCGAGAUAAUGAUGAUACGGGCCAUGCAGGAACCGGCAGCCCGGCUCUUGUGCCUUAUGCCUUCAGUGUGAAGCUCUUGAAGGCAGACCAGUCAUUUGUCCAGGACGUCGCGGCGGUGAUUCAUCAGCUGGUCAACAGGGUGUCAUCCUGCCCUGCUCGGGUGGAGCUGUCCAAACCUUAUCCCUGGCGUGCCUCACUUCGCUAUUUAGACAAGAUGCUGGCCAGCCUCCAGUUUCACAUAACAAACUCGGAAACUUCAGUGGAAGAUGCUACAGAAAUUUUGCAAGCCAUUCAUGCAGCCUUAACAGACAUCUAGCAACUUCCAUGUUGCACUCAUAUGCAGAGCAGAAGCUAGCUUUGCUUUUUUUCAGAAAUGCAAGAGUUGCAUUGAUCUUGAUUGUCAUUAUCAUUUCUGUCAUUAAGGCAAUCAAGUAAAAUGCAACCUCAUGGCUCAAACAAGUCCUCGGUGUACUAUGCAAAAAACAUCAGAUGAUGUGAGCUUUUUUAACAAAUCAUAGACAGUGGUCUUUUACUCCAGCACUUGCUUACCACGAAAGCAGGAAUUGGAUUAUAUGUAAUCUCGCUGUUUGCAAUAGUUUAUUCAUUUCUCGUUCAUCUUUUUACUAUGCCCCUAAUUGAGGCUGAAAGUUUUGUCUCGGCAGUUCUCAACACCACUUCAUGCACCAUUACUUAAUCCUCGAGCCAUCAGACUCGCUCCAUUAAAAAAAUACAAGCCCUUUUGUGUAAGCCUUUUCUUUCUAUCUUUGGUUCUUGUUUUACACAGUACGUAUCUUGUUGUUUGAAACACCAUUGGUUUGCUUUCUCACAUCAUUGUACUGAUUUAUUCAUUCAUUCAGUUGUAUCAUAGGCAGUGGGGGCAAGUUCGUGACCAUAUGACAACUGCAAACUACUACAUGCACUGGCUUGUUCUUUUUGAAAAUACCGGUAAAAUGCUUGUUUUUGCAAAUUGCUCUCUAGGGAAAGGUGCCGAGUGGUAGUCAUGGUGCUUAGGUUGACUGUAGGUCGUACCACAACACAACAAGGAAUACUUAUUUCGAGCUGUUAACCAGUGUUCAGAAAGUUUCCAUCACCGUUGAUUAAUCCGGUAUGUUAUAAUAUUAAGGAAGUGUCUUCCAGGUUACACUUGUGAAAGAAAAUGAAAACGAAACGUUACUACUUAAAAAUCUAUAAAUUUGGAUAACUAUGAUCCAGUAAAAAUGAAAGUGGCACUCCAUCCUUCGCAAUUUCAUGUUGUGGUUUUGCAGCACCUCGCUAGGUUUUCUUAUUGUCUUGCGUUCAAGCAUCACAUAGAACCUAAAUCAUUGUUGUCACUACAAUUAUUUUACUGUUGAAAUGUAUAAUAAAGAUAUUGUCACGAGAGAUCGACUUAUUUCCUUGCUGCUCUUGCUCAAAUUUAAAAGCGAACCUUGCACGCAGACACGGUUUCACUGCAGGGCCUGUUUACAUACAUUAUGAGAACAUUGUUUGCAUAUGACCUGCCAUGGUGUGGUGGCUUAGCGGGUAUGGUGUUGCACUACUAAGCAUGAGGUUGCGGGAUCAAAUCCUGGCUGCGGCGGCCGCAUUUCGAUGGGGGCGAAAUGAAAAAAAAAAAGGCCCUCGUCUCAUGCAUUGGGGGCACAUUAAGAUCCCCUGGUGGUUGAAAUUAAUCCGGAGUCCUCUACUACAACGUGCCUCAUAAUCAAAUCGUGGUUUUGGCACGUAAAAGCCCAGAAUUCACUCACUGUUUGCAUAUGCAGUAUGGCAUAUUGUCAAAGGAAUACGCACUUAGCAUUCUGCCAUUGAUUAUCACCGAGGUAUGACGUAAAGGCCCGCAAAAAUAAUUUUUAUGACACCAAGGUGAUACAUUAUGGUAUACAAUGAAAGCGCGCACCUUUGUGAUGCAUUUAGACCCUCCAGCACUCACCGGUGGCACAAAAAGCCCCAGCCAGCAUGCGGUCUGAUUAUCACAUUUGAAUCGCUGAUCGUACAUCUACCUAGUUCACUCUAAUGUCCACUUCUUCCCAAUAAAAGCGAAUAAAUGUUCGUUAUGUUGGCUCUA